UUCUGGCCUUUGUCAGAAUUGUUCGCGACUUCUCAAAGAAUUCGCUGCUCGUUUAAGUAAAGCCUGCAGAGAGUUUGAAAUGAAAAUAAGGGACGUUUUCAGAGAGCUUUCUCGGUGCACCUGCUUUAGGAUUCCACCUGAGAGCAGUUUCUUGAGGAGGACGACUCAAGAGUUGCCCCCUUUACACCUCCUGUAUGAUGAUGAAACCCAGCUGCUCAGUCAGGAAGGUCUGCAAACACUGAGCAGACUUGCAGCCUCAGAAAACACUGAUCUCCAAAUGACUGCAGCCAUGUAUUAUUUACAUCUCAGUCAGCACUUGAAAUCUCCAUUACCAGAUGCCUUCAUGGAGCCGGUCAUGGCUUUACUCUUAUCAACCGAUCUGGAUGUGCAGAAGACUAUCUCUCUUGCCUUGGUCAAUCUGUUAGUGAGGAAGAAUGUGUGUAAAGAGUUGGUGAUUGAAAUGGGGAUGCUGGUGCCUAUACUGGAGUUGUUCCAGUCUGGUGAUGCAACUGCUCAGUGUCACUCCUGUGCCUGCGUCGCCCUGCUGGCCUCCUCAGAAUCAAACAGAGAUGCUCUCAUGGUGGAUGGAAUCAUACCACUGCUGGCUUUAGCAAAAUCCUACGACCCACAGGUGCAGCAGAGCGCAACCUGGGCUUUGUUACAUCUCACACAGUCAGAUUGGUCAACAAGGAUUUUGUGUCAAGCAGGAGCGAUUCCCGUCCUGGUUCUUCUGCUGCAGUCCUCUGAUUCAGAGGUUCAGUUUUGCAGCUGCACUGCUCUGUGCAACAUCGCCGCUAUCCAGGAGCAUCACCCGAAGCUGCUCAGCAUUGGGGGUCAUUAUUUGUUGAAGUCUCUUUUGACUCUCAUGUCUUCCUCUGUUCAAAAGAAUUCAGCUCAAGCAUGCAGAUGCCUACAAACACUCUCAAAGAAUGUUCUAAUUCAGGAGCAGCUGAUGGAGCUGGACUGUGUGUUGCCUCUGAAGGCGCUCCUGAAAACAUCUACCGCAGUGUGGGCUAAGCCAGCUGUAACACUCCUGUCUGUGCUGUCUGCACACCCACCAAACAAUGAAUUCCUCGUGAGUGAAGGACUCUUGGAUGAAAUCGGUCAGCUGCUUCACCAUCACAGGUCCAGCUCUGCUAUAAUCACACACAGCUGUGUGAUAAUCACUAACCUGUGUAGCUCUCAUAUGGGUCAGCAGGCUGUGAUGGAAAAUCUGUGUUUACCAGGCCUCCUCUGGGCCCUUGUGUCUCCCGCCCUGUUAGAUGAGACCUUGCUGCAUGUGACAUCAUGCUUACAUCAUCUGAUAACCUUGGAUACACUUAGGUCUAUCCUGUCAGCAGCAAUAACAGCAGAACAAGUUUCAGGGCUGGUGAAGCUGUCUGGACAAAUACAGAAUCCUCUGUUGUCAUACAACUGUGCAGCCAUCAUGAGCAAACUAGAAAUGACUGAGGAGGUCAUCAGGUUGCUGAGACCUCACUACACGACCAUGUCGGAGUACCUGUUGGUUUUUCUCAAAAUGAAAGAUGUUAAAUUCCAGCAGCUGGGCAUAGUUACAAUAUUCAACCUCAAGAAAGAUGGAGACUUUUCCUCUCUGCUGGCGAACAGUGAGCUGGAGGUCCAGCUCAGGACGGUGCAUGUGCAGACAGAGGAAACCAGACGUCUGCUGCAAAUGAUUCAGCCUCUUUCUCCAUCCUCUGUUGACCCUUGACUUUCUCUGACUGUA